CUUCCAGCUUCAUCCGCAAUGCAUAAAGUAGCUCUGACAAACCUAUAUAUACAAAAUUAAAAGAUCCUUUUCUUCCUUUAGAGGCUGCGUGCAGAGGCAUCAAAUUUCACCUUGCUUCUCACCAUUUCCUGUUCAGCUUUAUCAAUAUACUCUCAUCAUGACUUCAUCAUCUUCAAUUCAUUCAGAUUUCAGAACCAAACCUAAUGUGCAAGUUUUUGUAGACAAGAAUGUUCAGAAGGGGAAAUUUGAAGGGUAAAUUUGGAAAUGAUGACAAGCAUGUGACAGCAGUUGCAGCUGCUGCAUUUUCCAUUCAUUCAAUAGAACAAGCUGCUGCUGCCAACCUGAUUUCAAGGCCUCAAUCCAUGAGAAGGAAAAACCAUAGCACCCUAUCUGAACGACCGACUUAUGGAGGGGAUACUUCAGUGAAAAGGUCAUCAUUUGGAGAAGAUGGAAGGAGAAAAGAAGGAAGUGUUCCUUUAAGAGGUUCAAGUGAUGAUAUAUCUUCUAAAAGGACUGUGCUCCAAACACAAGGGCACCAAAAACAAAUAGGGAUUCCUAUACAACAUAACAACAAAGCAAAUGCAGAAGCUUGGGAAAAGGCCAAGUUAAAAAAGAUUCAACAGCGCUAUGAGAAGAUAAAGUCCCAAAUCCUUUCUUGGGAAAGAGAGAAAAAGAUUCGUGCCAAAAUGCAUAUGGAAAAGAAGAAGAAUGAAUUGGAGAAAAGAAGAAUAGUGACAACACAACAUUAUAAUAAUAAGAUAGCAAGCAUAGAUAAGGUAGCACAAGGUGCAUUAACACAAUUGGAAGAUAAAAGAAGGAAAGAGUUAUCUAGAGCCACAGAAAAAGCUAAUAAAAUCAGAAAAACAGGAAAGGUUCCUCCUGCUAUUAAUUGUUUCUGCUUCUCACAUUUAUAGCUUCAUCAUGUAUUAUUGGAGGAUUGGACCCCAAUUAUAAGAACAUGGCUUAAAAAGUAUAUACAAUGAUAACACAUAACAAAGAUUGAUAUAGUAUAUAGAAAUUAAAAUUGAUGACUUU